AUGAAGAACAAAAAUAUCCAAAUGAAUGCUUAUAACCUUGUUCCGGGCCUCGAAAAGUUUCUCGGCUUCAACAAAGAUCCCAAAGGCUACGAAGGCAGUGGGAUAGUGUACUCCGACCUGGAUAGGCUGUGUGACGGGGUGAUGGGAUUUUUGAGUGGUGUGCUUGGUGCGGUGAAGGAUGAAAAUGAAGUGACAACUUAUGAUAAUUACAUCACUCCAGAUGAUAAUAAGCUUCAAAAAGUACUAGAAGAGGUAAAUAAUAAUAUUGGCUCCGGGCGUACUGGGCUUGCGGCGUCUGUCGGCGCGGUGAAGGGGUGGUUGGAGGGGUAUGAAGGUGAAAUGAAAACGAGAACAAAAACAGUGACUGGGCCAUUAGAUACAACAAUUCGUGACAUAUAUCAAUCUGCGGAAUAUAUCAAAACACUGCGUAGUCAAGAAUAUGAUGCCGUCUCAGAUAAGUUAGCAGACUGGGCUGACUCUGUCAAUAGCUUAGUGACACAACCGAAAUCUUCAUUAGAUUCACUUAGAGAUUUAGAUCCUAACCUAAAAAAUAAGUUAGAAACCAACGUCUGCGUAAUUUUUAAUAGUGUUAAUACAUUUGUAGAAUCCACGAAACUUGACUAUAGCGACUUGGUGGCGGUAGCCAGUAGUGUCGAUAGAGACCUUACAACGCUUGAAAGUCAGAUUAGUAGCACAGUUACAGAGCAGGUCAGGGUACUUAAGGAAACGGUGACUAAGGGUAUUGACGGUCUUCGUAUGCUAGUAAAAGAAGAACUUGAGAGGAAGGUUAAGCUUUUGACUGACACAGUCUGGAAGUUGCACACUGUUCGACAAAACAUUAAGAAGUCCGUUGAUGUUAUUAAUGGAAAAUUUGAUGAAAAAGAUACCUCUCCAAAUACGGCCUUGGGGGCUGCCAGUUUGGCGCAAAAUAUUGUCACUAAUGCUGCGACGCUCCGAGAUGAUGAUCUUGGCAGUUUGUGGGCGGAAAUACAGUUGGCGCUUACUGGGCUUACCGAUGGGAUUGCAGAUAAGGAAGGUAAUCAAGGUCACUUAAAUGACAUUGUUACUUCUGUAGGAGAGUACGCAACUAAUUUCGAGGAGACAUUCAAACAAUCAAUCAAUGAUGCGGUUACGGCGAUUGUUGACGGAGAGCCGGUGAAACAGUAUUUGUAUUCGUAUGUUAGCGGGAACAACCACGCAAAAAAAUUCAAGGGCCGUUUUACCGCUGCCGAUAAUGAUGCUAUUCUCAAGGUAUUCCUUUCAAUCGUUCAAAAAAAUAUUAAAGCAGCACUAACUGCUAUUAAAGCCAAUCCAAAGCCUGGAUCUCAAUCCACUGUAGAUGGCCAUUUACAAAACGUUCAUAAGUAUCUUAGCAACUACGCGGAGCAAGUAAUACAUAAAGUUGCAGAUGUAGUAGGGAAAAUUCAAAGUGAUUUGCAAGAUGGCUACGAUUUACAGAUGACCGAUGUAUCCGAAUCAGGCUAUAAUCCGUAUCUCAAGUGGGGGGUAGAAGCCGCCCUAACUGAGUUACAGUCGCUUGCGAAAGGCGCGGAAAUAGAAAUUCAACGAUUCAAAUCAGAGAUAAAUAUGGGAAAGUUGACAGCUGCUAUCGACGGUGUUAAAGCACUAGGCGAAGAACUUAAAAAAUUAGUUGAGAAACCAUUGAUCGAAAAAAUUCAAACUAAGCUUAACAACGAUGUGUCAAUGCCUGCCGAAAAAAUAAAGCAAGGACUUGCUUAUGUUAUCGACUCAGUUAAUAUGGAGCUCAGAAACAUUAGCGCUAUCCUAGAAGACAAGAAAGAUAAAAACGAUAAACACGACAAAAAGCUGGUCGGUGUGAAGAAUCAGAUUGAUGAAAAGACCAACGAACUAAACCAACAAGUGACCUCUACCCUGGAUGCACAAGUUAGAACAUUAAAAGAAGGCACGCUAGAGAAAGCCACUAAUCUCUGCCAAUCCACAAUCACCUCAAAAGUUACCAGCGAUAGUGCCACCGCCAAGAGAAGCAUUAAACAGGAGGCCCUGAGAAUGUUUGCGGACACCAAAGAGAAAGAGUUGGAGGCGCUCAAAGGAUUGGUCACUCAGAAAUAUACAGAAAUUGGUGAAAUUAUUCAGCAAGAUCUGGAAAGCGGAUUGAAGGGAAUGAUGGGCAAAAUGAAGGCGAAUGAUACCUAUCUCGACACGCUACAAAAACAAACGGAAAUACGAACAGCCACCACCCAAGUCAGAAUGUAUUUAGAAGAGUUGCUCCAAUACGUCGAAGAUCAAGUUAAAAUCUCAACGGCACAACAAACGAAGAAAGACACUGUUGCAUCCACCAAAAUUGCUAACGUGAAAACCAUGCUCGGCCUUUCGCUCGACGACCUCUCCUCCUCGAAUCACUUUGAUCAUACAUUCUCCCGUAAUCUCGCUGAUUUUACUAAUACACUUAGCGCACUGCAGGGGGAGUUGGAAUCUUCUGUGAUUUUGGGGGAAACUUUGAGAAACGUGUUUUCUCGGGUUUAUCACAGAAAGGAAAUUUUUCCGAUGUCACUGGGGGGUGUAUUGAAGGCCAAAAGUGCGGAAUUAAAGCGGCAACAUCGCGAGGCGAAAGGCGGCCACACAGGCGCGCUGGAUAGACGAACAAGGUACCAAUGGAGAGCUCACAAGAAGUGCAGCUGA